UUAAAAAAUAAAAACAAAAAUAAAACGCCGAUCGAACCAUCUUCUCCUUCUUCAUUUGGUGUUGCGUCUUUCGUCGUCAGAUCUGCUCGUUUUUCGCUCCUUGUUUGGGUCACCAUUACUCAGCUUUCCGUUUUUAAAUAUCACAUUAGAUGGAAGAAAGCGGAGGCGAUAGUGGUUCAGUAGCUACGCCUGUUCAACAGCGAGCACAUGAGGCAUGGAGGAUUUACCAACACUAUCUUGACAAGACUACACCUCAUGCAAAUUACAGGUGGAUCGGAACUCUUGUCGUCGCUCUUAUCUACUGUUUGAGGGUUUACUAUAUUCAAGGUUUCUACAUCAUCGCCUAUGGUCUUGGGAUCUACCUUCUCAAUCUGCUUAUCGGGUUCUUGUCCCCUCUUGUUGAUCCUGAGGCUGGUGGGGUCUCGGAUGGGCCUACUCUGCCUACUAGAGGUUCUGAUGAGUUCAAGCCUUUUAUUCGCCGUCUCCCCGAGUUCAAAUUCUGGUACUCCAUGACAAAGGCUUUCUGCAUAGCCUUCCUCAUGACAUUCUUCUCGGUGUUUGACGUUCCUGUGUUUUGGCCAAUUCUGCUGUGCUAUUGGAUCGUUCUCUUUGUUCUCACCAUGAGACGCCAGAUCGCCCACAUGAUCAAGUACAAGUACAUCCCUUUCAGCUUCGGCAAACAGAAAUAUGGACGGAGCAGCAGCGGCUCACGUGCGGAUUGAUCUGACCAUUAGCCACUUUUUUGUUUUUGCAAAAAAGAAAAAGAAAACUGUUAAGAAUAUCAUUUUGGACUAUUUUUACAAGGAAGAAUUAAUUAGAGGCAGGAUAAAAAAGAAAGACAGCAUGGAAAUUAAAUUUGUUUGAGCUCGGAGGAAAAUUGUUCGUGUUAGUUGUUUAACCAUGAUGUAGGAUUGUUGCUUUACUAAUUCGAUUAUACAAGCCACUUCUAAA